GGUGCAGCAGACAUUCCUGGUAGCACGGAGAACCAUUCGUGGUCGUAAAAGAGGCGGUUGUUCGAAAUCUCCAGAGCCCAGGCAGAGAGUCACCACGCCAAUACUACGAGCAAACCGUAGGUGAACCAGAAAUGUUAGGGAAAACAAGGCAACGCCGUAGCCAACGUCCCAGACAUGCAGCAGGAGGCCGUUGGGUAACGCCGCCCGGCCAGCUCUUCUCCCCGGCCGUUCCUCCCUGAUUAAUUCAAACCAGGAGUCUUGCUCCGCUCCCGAUUCCGCGUCGUUCCGUUCCUGAACCGAGGAGGGUUCCGUUUCGGACUCAUCAUCAGGCCUAUUCAAGAGCUGAAUCGUACAAGGAAGCGCGGGGUGGUCUCUAGCGUUUGGUUUGCAUUGACACGAUCGACAUUCCGAUGACGACGUCGUCUCUGUCGUCGGCGCUGAGCUCGAUGGAGGUGAUGCUGGACGCGCUCAUGCAGAGAGGGAUCGGGAAGCCGGACGACAAGCCCAAGGAGGACACAGCGCCUCCGGCGCUGCCCACACGCCCCACCGUGAGAGGCCGGCCUCCCUCCGUGCAUAGGCCGGGUUCCCCGGCACCAUGGCUUAAUCGGCCACCCUUGGCCCCGAUUCCUCCGCCGCCCCAGGAAGAAGAAGAAGAGGAACGGGACAAGGAGAAAUGCACAAUCAAUUUGGAGCUGGAAAUGCGGGCUAUCAAGGCGGAGGAAGAUGUGAAGCAGAGAGACGACGACGUGAGACACAAGGACGAGGAGAUCUCCGGGCUGAGACAGCAGGUCGAGCACUACGAGUCCCGGCUCUCGGAGUGCGAGGCCAAGAUGAGGGCCGUGGAGGAGGAGCUGCAGAGGCAGAUCGCCGCCCUGCAGCAGCAGGUAGAGGCACGCUCAUUGCAGAUGGCUCGGAGCGUUGCGAGUAGACCGUCGACGAGCUGCCAUCACCGCCGGGAACUAUCCAGCGUCGGUAUCACGCGGGCUCCGCAGCCUCCGGUCGCAACGGCGGCAGAGGAGGCGUCAUCCGUCAAGCGCCCGGAGCAGCAUGCCGACGUUGUCACGAAGAAGAACCAGGGGGCGCCGGAGAACCUCGCGGAGGAGUUCGUGCGGGAGAAGCAGGCGUUCGAGCACGCAGCAAAGGCGGUGGCCGAGGUGAAGCCGGGCACCAUGUCCGUCGACGAGCUCAGGAUGCUGAAGCGGCAGUUCGUCGCCUGGAGGAAGGAGUACGCGACGCGGCUGCGCAAGGCCAAGGCGGAGCUCAGGAAGCGCGUGCACUCGGAGAAGAGCCACGGCCACGGCCACGACCAAGCUGCUGGCCACGGCGGCAACCAGCGGCGCCGGUGGUGCGGCUGGUGGAGGACGAUCAAGAUGCCCAAGUUCAGGGCCCCGAAGAGGUGCUGCACUUGCGCCAUCAAGUUCCCAAGCCCUUCGUCCUGCUGUUCCUGCUUUUCUUGCUGCUUUCGGCGCCACCGAUAGUCAUGCGGAUGAGAAGAAGACUACCGGGGGCCGGAGAGAAGAGUUCAUUGUAACUUUGUAGUGUAUAUUGCUGGUGUGAACUGUUGAUCUGCUGCAAAAAUUCUGAAUCUCUAUUAAUGUUCA